AUGGAAUCGGAAUCGGUGACGCCAGAAUUACUACGACUGUCAUCUACACCACUUUCACCAUUAGAAUAUUUUACUGAUUCAACAAAUACAAUCAAUCAUCAAUCUGAUGUUAUUUUAAUCGUUGGAAAAGAAAAAUUUUAUUGUCAUCGUUUAUUGUUAUCAUUAGUUUCACCUGUAUUUCAACGUAUGUUCGACGGUCAAUUUAAAGAACAUAAUGAACGAGAAAUUGUUUUAGAAGGUAAAUCAAGUGAAGCAAUACUUGAUUUAUUAAAAUAUAUUUAUCCACAAUUUAAUGGUCAGAUUACAGAUGAUAAUAUUGAAAAUUUUCUUCAAUUAGCCGAUGAAUAUAUGAUUGAACAUUUAAAAAAACCAUGUAAAGAUCUUUUAAUUAAACAACUUCAAUUAUUUAAAUUUGUUGCACUUCCAACACAACAAAAACUAGAACAACCAUCAACUAAAUCAAAAAGUUUUCAUGCAAGUGAUUCAGCAUUAGAUACACCACGAACUAAUGAUGACAGUGUAUUAACACGUAGAACACCAGGAAAUUCUCAUGGAAUGCACCGACCAGCUUCAAGUUCUCGACCCCAUGCAUCAAAAUCAACUUCAAGUUAUCUUAAAUCAGGUGAUAAAUCAGGAUCAUCAUCCAAUACACAUCCUCGUUAUGUACUCUUUCUUGAUAAGACUCGAAUGCCGACUUUCUAUGAUACAAAUAACACACGUAUUCUAUUUACUAAUAACGAACUCGAAAUAUGGCUUCGUCGUUUACGUAUUCUUUAUCAAGUAGAUAAAGGUCGAAAUUAUGGUGAAAUUAUUGAUCAUAUUCUAAGUAUACUUCAAUUUAUACCUGCUAAUUUACUUUUACCACGUACACAUAUUACAAUGGAUACUUAUGCAGUCGAUGAAAUUAUGCUCAAUGAUAUAGCUCGUGCACGAAUGUAUAUGCUAGAAGAUUGGGCUACCGAUGGUCAACCACAUCGUUCAGUAAAUUUAACUGAAUCCUAUCGAACAUUUUCUCCUACUGCUUUGAUAUUUAAUCAACAAACAACUACAACUGUAAUUGAAGAACCUCUUUCUCAAACAACUAUAGGCAGAACACUUGAUUAUCAAGAAGAAACAUUAUCAUCUGAUACAGAUACUGACUAA